UCCGAUGAUUCCCUUCCUUGGAAUCGAAAUUGCCUCAAUGAAAAACCCAAACUUUGAUUUCUAAUCUUCACGUGUAACGUAUCUUCUUCUUUUUCUUCUCCUCCUAUCAGAAACCCCCUGAUUUCUCCCAUAGUUUGCUGCACGCUCCUCAGAACCGUCCCUGUUCUUGUUUAUUCGAUGUGAUGAUUCGAUUAAAGGCUUUGGAGCUGCUAAAUUGGCUGGUUUUGAUCUGAUCUAGCAUUCUGAGCUUACGAAUUUAUUUCUUUGGGAUUCAAUUUCAAGCAGAGAAAGUGUUUCGUGAAGCAAACCUACCAAAUCGGAGAGCCAGAUUUCCUGGCAACUCUUUUACAGACUUCAGUAUAAUAAGAUAAAAAUUUAAGCUUUUUUGAUGAAUCUUAUCUAUUUGAGAAGUAUAGGGGAUGAUGAAGAUCCCGUAAAUGGAAAUUUUGUUUGAUGGGUAGGAGGAUUUCUUGGUUAUCUUUGAAAUGAGUCGGUCUCCGUCGUUUUCUGUGAAGCCUGAGCUUAGUAUAAAGCCCGAUCCUGAGUCUUUGAAAAGAUGGGUUCACGCAUUUUGCAUUAUGAGGUUUGAUCUCGAGCAAGGGCAGCUCUUAGAAGAGUGUUAUCCACCAGGCUGUCUCUCACAAGAAGAGGAAAUCGAGGUCUCAUUCAACUCCUUUCCGGAUUCUGUCUCACAGCAUCAUAACCGUGCAAGCAUACAUGACUGCAUUUUCUUUUUCCGGUUUCGUAGACCAAAAAAUAACACUGAGGAGGUAGAUGGUGUUAGGUACUUGUAUGGUUAUGUAUUUAAUAGGCAGAGGCAUGACGAGAGGUUGAAAAGAGGAGGAGAACAGAAGUCUGUGGUGAUAUUAUCGCAUACUCCUUACUCCAGUGUUUUUAGACCGUUGCUGCAAAUCAUUGGUCCUUUAUAUUUUGAUGUUGGAAAUAAAGCUAUUGAACAUAUUGCUGGUUAUGUCUCAAUGUGGCCUGCUCCUGUUCCCGGUAAGCUAAUGGAGCUGCCAAUUGGUAAUGCUAUGCUUAAGGUGAACUUGCCUCCUGCUCAUAGCCUUCCAUUGGAAAAUGGGGUUUUAUAUGAGGAAUCUGCUUCUUCCAUGGCUCCUUUACUCCCUACGAACCAGUCUGUUCCUCAGGGUCUUUUCCAUGAUGCAGAUCUUUUUGGCAUUUACCGGGGGCUACUGUUGCAGCUAUGGACAUUAUGGGAAUUGUUACUCAUAGGUGAGCCUAUCCUUAUCAUAGCACCAACACCUCCACAAUGUUCAGAGGCAGUUGCUUGUCUUGUGAGUUUGGUUGCGCCCUUAUUUUGUAGCGUCGACUUUAGACCAUAUUUUACUAUACAUGAUCCAGGAUUUGCUAGACUAAACUCACUCCGAGAAGGAGACACUUUUCCGCCGAUGGUUUUGGGUGUCACAAACCUCUUUUUCCUCAAAGCUCUUCGCAAUAUGCCUCAUGUUGUCUCAGUUGGAACCCCUGCUCCAAACUCAAACCGUGUAGCCCUUACAAGUAGGUCGGCUGGUAGAAUAUCUGGUAAAGCUGAAGGAUUAGGCGUACAGCAGCUUUCGUUAAGAAGGUUCUCUCCUACAAAUUUGCUAAAUGCAGUAAAACUUAGACGAGAUGGACCUCUGUGUCUCAUGACAGAGCACAAGGAAGCUGUCUGGACCACCUACUCUGCGAUAACUAAGCCAGACACUUCGAUUUUGAAUAGACUUAUUGAUGCUGGGAUGUCACCGAGGGUUGAGGAAUCAAUGUCAGUUGUGAAUAAUGAGAUUCUGCGACGGCAUUUCUUGGAGUUAACUACGAAUUUCUUGGCCCCUUUUGGUCCAUAUUUCCAGGUUAAUGCACCUUCUGAUGGAUCUUCACCAUAUGUUACUCCUCCUGCGCUCCCAUCAUUCGGUGCUGAUGAGUUCCUUUCGAAUUUAUCGGCGAGAGGUGUAGGGAAGUUUUUGUCUAAACGCAUGAAAUCCAACUGGCCAGAUCUGUAUAGGCGGUUUCUACGAGGACCUAAUUUUAACCCCUGGUUCCAAAGACGGCGUGCUGUUGCUGAGCAAGAACAACGUAGAUUAUGGAAGCUAGCUAGAAUGAAGACUGAUAUGCGGCAGAUUACGUCUCAUAUGAAUGAGUUGGAAGCUGUGGAUUCCUUCAAUGCCAUUGAGAAGUACAUCAGUGAUGAAGUCAAGUCGCGGGAAUCAGGAGGAGGCGCAGAUUCAGAAGCAACGUUUCAGAAACUGAAGAAGGAUUUACAAGCGGUGUUCAGUGUACUUCCAAGUGACAUGCAGGAACUUCUGCUUUCAAAUCCUCAAAGAGCAUCACUUCUUCAAAAUCCAUCAGAGCUCCAAUGAAUUAUCUUUUUUCACUAGGCUUCCAUGAGGAUUCUGAUUUCCUUCUCUUAUGCUCUGUUUCAUUCUUUUAACUAUGUCAACCAAAAAUAAUCUUCAUCUUCUCUAAUUGUUUAUUAGUUUUUUA